AUGAGCGAGUGGUCUCUUCUGGUGCUGAUGGUCCUGACAUUGGGUAGGGUCCGGCUUGUCUCAGCCACCCCUAUCCCAGCCUCCCAGCUGCCCCCUCAGAACUUUCCCCGGGCCACUCCCUGCCCUGUGUCCUCAAGGAGCUCCUCAGCCAGCACCACCGGCCCGACCGCUGCUUGGAACCAGCCCAGCCCUGGCGCCCGCCCCGGCCCCCGCAUCAGCCUCUCACUGGACGUCCCCCUCGGCCUCCAGCUGAUCCUCCUGGAGCAGGCCCGGGCCAGAGCUGUGAGGGAGCAGGCGGCCGCCAACGCUCUCAUCCUGGCCCAUGUCGGCCGCCGCUGA